GCCACGCAGCGCGAGGUUUGUAAUGUGAAGACUAGUACGAGCAUUUACCUUGUUCAGCAUUUCUCGCGCUGUUCAUUUCAGACGGCGAGUAGACAUUUGACAGCCGAUCGCGAAGUGAUGUUGUUUAGUCCGUUGGGAAAUGAAAGGUGGUAGCUUAAUUCCGUGUCAAUUUGUCUUCCUACUGGGCCUAGCUGUUCUUAGAUUUCGUUUUUGUGUCGGAUAUGCUCAAUCUGUGGACGUUGAAGAGAUUGCACACAGCAUUGGAGCAAAGAUUCACGAAUUUUCUGUUCGUUCAACUGGUUCUACAGCUGUAAAAAAGGAAUUGGAAAUGUUAGGGUUGACUGCGAGAGACAACAACGGGACAAGAGUUGUGAAAGAAGUCAGCGAAAAGAUGCAUAGCUAUUUCAAUAAAAAAAUCGAUUCUUUGCGGAAUCUAGUCGCAAAAAUCGAAGAGGUGCAAGACACUUAUAAAUAUGACGAGAAUAUCGAGCCAUUUGAUUAUCUUGACGUGAAAGACCCGGCAAGUUUGGCCCAGCAUAAUCUUACCUACAAUCCAGUGUUUCAGUUAAACAUCUCAUAUAAGAUCAGUGGAAUUCAUGUCCCUACGGAUAUUUAUGAAAAAGCUCCAGAAAUUUUAAAUGUGAUUAAAUGGACCGAAGCAUUAGACGAAGUCUUCAGGAACAACACCAAGGAUGACGAUAGUUUAAAAUGGCAACAUUUUGGAAGUGAAACUGGAGUUCUUCGAACAUACCCAGGUGCUAGUUUUGAUGUGGGACCGAAAGGAAUUGAUCUUUACGAUGUUAGGAAACGACCAUGGUACAUUCAUGGUUCAGCAUCACCAAAAUCAGUUGUCAUUAUUGUGGACAGUAGUGGCAGUAUGUAUGGCAGGCCAUUGUUGAUAGCAAGACUAGCUGUAUCUGAACUUAUUGACACGUUUUCCGAAAAUGACUUCUUUAAUGUUAUUUGGUUUAAUAUUGAAGUUAACUACUUGGCAUGUGGGAAGAAAUUUGUUCAAGCAACCUCACAAAAUAGAGAAUACUACAAGAACAAGUUGAAAGAAAUUGAGGCUAGCUAUGUUGCUUCGUGGCCAAAAGCCUACGAGGCGGCGUUUAAAAUGUUUGAGCCGAAGGAUGUGGGUGCUGGUUGUCAAAAAGUAAUGGCUGUUUUUACAGAUGGACCAACAGAACGAGCUGAGGGUGUUUUUGAAACUUACAACAGCAAAAAAGAGGUCCGUGUGUUUACAUAUGCUGUUGGUCCUCCAGCACACAGUGUAGAAGCUUUAAGAUCAAUUGCUUGUGACAACAGAGGUUUUUUCUACCGUAUACCUGGCGUGGGAUCAGUAAGAGAUGUGGUAAAGGGCUAUGUGACUGUAUUAAGUCGACCAAUGGCAAAAGAAAAAGAACAUAAACCUGUUUGGAGUAGUGUAUACGUCGAUUCCGGGCCUCUAGGGAUGAUGAUAACUGGAACUCUCCCAGCAUUUGGACGAACAAACAAAACAGGUGGUCGUGAAAUACUCGGUGUGGUUGGAACGGAUGUUACUUUGAAAGAUAUCGAUGAAAUGUCAUCAUCGUUAUUAACAUCGCUUGGUGAUGAUGGUUAUCUCUUCGUGAUCAGUAACAACGGCCACGUUAUUAAACACCCGGCAUUUGAAACACACCGUGGUUACCUGCCAGACCCACCUGAUGUGUAUAUUUCAGACAUUGAGUACACUUGGGAUGUUAACAGUACUUCACCGGAUAAGUUACGUAAGAAUAUGCUUGAUACGAAGGAAGGCGAAGUAGGAACGAUGACUUUUGACGCUGCAAUGUUCUCAAGUGAUGAGCUAAAAUUACGAGUGACGAAAAGGAAUAUGAAGUAUUGUUAUACAAAAAUUAAAGACGCUCCUGUCUGGGCUGGUAUUGCAUUCCCUUCCAAAACUGUUGAAAUAGUGCCAGGUGACCCAAAAAUAAUGGAAACGGUGAUCAAAUAUUUACUAGAUUAUUGGCAGAAAAAUGUGCCUGGAGACGUGGAAACAUUUGUUAAAAUGUAUGAUGGUUCUUUUAACAUUUCAAAACCUGAUUCAGUCUUUACACCAGAAAAGAAAAUCAUUGGUCGUGUUGAUAAUUAUCCUAACGAUAUAACUAUAUUAACUGUGCCUUAUAAUUCAGGGAAAGGAAGCGCUGAAGAUGUAAAAGUAACUGGCUACAGAAAGAUGGCUACCAAUGUUUCAGGAACCUUUGUAACUGUCGGAGUUGUUGGUUUUACCAUGAAUCAUUCGCAGUUUCAAAAUGAUUUUUUUACCGACGCAUCAGUUCAGGGAAUUAGUCAACUCUGCAAUGCGACAGAUGACAAGGAGGAAAGUUAUUAUUGCUAUCUCCUCGAUGAGAAUGCUUUUGUAGUCGCAGCCAGUGUAGACUCUGAGAGAGUAACUGGACAAUUCUUUGGGAGUGUUAAUAGUAAAGUUAUGAAACAACUGACAGAAGGCGACACACUCAUCUAUGAACGAAUUGUAAAAACUGACCCUCAGGGUAGCUGUUUGGAUCCAUCUUCUGGUUCGGGUAGCUCAGCUCCAUUUCUGCGACCAUUUUUCUCCGGUACAUCAUACAUCAAAUGGUGCUUCGCUAAGGCUGUAUGGUUUGUUGCUAAUUUGAAUGUUUACAAUUGGAUCUAUGGCAGUCCAAUGGCCGUCUCAGCUGAAGCGACAGAAAUUGAAAAACCUGCAAACAGGACCUGUAUUAUGAAAAUGACUGCGUACUACUCAGAAGUUAACAACGAGAAUACAACGAAACAGGGUUACGCAAACUGUGAUGUCAGUUGUAAUAGCAAUUCAUGUCGACGAUCAUUUGUCAUAUCUAAAGUUCCAAAAACAAACCUCUAUUUUGUUUUUGUCGAUGGCCUUUGCCCGUCGAGUGGUCAGAGUUAUUCUGAUGGUGUUCCUGGAGUACAUCAAGAAGAGAUGAUAAGUGAUGCUGAAAAGGAGGAAUCAGUUUGUUUCAAAGAUCCCCACCGGAAAACCAUCCCAAGGUGCUAUAAAUCCGACGAUCCGGAAUCCAACUAUCCUUGUGGUCGAUCAAGCGUGAUAUCUGUCUCAAUAUUUCUCUUUAUUUUAACGCUUUUAAGUUCUUUUUGCCUUUUACAUUUGUGAAUAUUGUAAAUAUCAGAACUAACAGUCACGAAUGGGCAGGGUGCUUUUCUGUUGAUUUCUACACUGACACUGUUGCCCAGGAGGUAUAUAAUAAUAUUAAGUAUUAACAUGGAAUAAAUUUUAAACCUAUUUUAUUUCUGGCGACAUAAUAUGAGAAAUGGUUUUGUAAAAUAGGUAUAUUCAAUAUAUUUAUUUAUAAUAAGAUGAUUGCCAUCUAUCCGGACUAUUAAAAUUUGGUCA